UAUAUAUAUAUAUAUAUAUAUAUUCUCAUGUUCUCAGCUGGAUCUGAGCUAAGCAGCUGACUCGCUUUCACUGCAAACUCCUCUGUGUAAUCUUCCUUGCCGCCGCGCCGCCUGAGGAACCACCACACCCGUCUGAGAAAUCUUUCUUUUCAGGUAAACCUUUGAUUGGUGCUGGCUAGUAGUUUGAUCUUUAAUCCCUUGCUUAUUUUUCUUCUUUUUUUUUUUAUUUGGGAAUUUUUAGUUCUUACUCGCUUUUCUUCUUUACCUCUCCCAAGACAUUAUUUUCGCCGGGUAUAUGUACCAACCACUAGAUCUUAGUAUGGAGAUUUCAGCAAAACACUUUGAUAACGUUUAGGACAAAAAAGAAUUUACUAGGACCAAUAAAAUGUCUACUUUAAUUGCGUACAAAUGUUCCAUGUCAUAUCCUACUCCAAAAAUAAAUAUUGUCGUAUCCUACCUGUGUUAAUCGUUUUGCUUAUUGCAAAUAUUUUACUGCUAUUGUUGUAAUAUAUUCCCAGCUUUGCUGUCGGGUGAUACCGUGCCUGUAAAAAUCUGGCUGAUCUUUACAUUCAUUUGGUAUUUUUUUGAAGGAAUUUUGUCACAGAUGAUGUUCACUGAUGAUCUGAUUUGGGAAGUCUUGAAAAGGCUUCCAGUUAAAUCCCUGAUGCGGUUCAAGUGCGUCUCACGAACUUGGCUAUCAAUGAUCACAGAUCCAUCAUUCGCCAAGGCCUACUCUGGUGGCACCCGAGGUCUUAUCUCUGUCUACCCCUGGGAACUCGAAAGUCAUUCUGUGUUUUACCUCAGCCUUAAUGGUGGCAGUUGCUGCAGCAACCAAAUUGUCUUUCAUCAUACCGUAGACCAUGGCGGCUGGGAGCAGAUGGAAACUUGUACGGACGUUGUGAAUGGUCUUCUAUGUUUCUACCGGGACAGGGAUUCUUGGCUGUAUAAUGUUGCCACCCGCGAGAUGGUCCAACUUCCUAUCUCGAGUGAACUUGAAAAAUCGGAUGACCCGCCUGACAGCUAUCACUUUGGAUUCGAUCCCGUGAACCAACGGUACAAGUUGCUCAGAAUAUGCAGCGUCCGUGUUCAAGAGAAAUAUACAACAUGUCGGAUGCACGUGGAAAUUCUGACCAUCGGAGUGGAUUCAUCAUGGAGAAUCAUUGGUUGCCUUCCACAUGAAGGUAUAGAAGAAGGUCGAAGUGCAUGUUUAGGUGGAGUUCUUUGCUGGAUGAACUAUUGUGGUGAUCGAAUCAUAGCUUUUCAUCUCGCUCAGGAGAAGUUUAUUCACAUUCCCGUGCCUUUAGAACCUGGAGAAGUUGAUAUUGAUUUUUACAAGGCGGAUAUGACAUUAUAUUUGAAGCUAACAAAUUUUGGUCCUGAUAUAGUUAUAACGAAACCUGCUAAUAAGGCCCGCGAGGAAUCUAGGGACCAAAUUCUACGUUAUUGUCUUUCCGACACAGUCAACGGUGAAGAGACUGUUGGGAUUUGGGUUGAUGAUCUUCCUGAGAUACAAGUCAUCAAACCAGAAAUAACGAUCCCCCCAGAUGAAAAAUAUGUUUAUGAAGCUCAUGCCUUGGGAGUCCUUCCCAAUGGAAAGAUGCUCAUAUAUGACCUUUGGCAAUCUUUUCCAAUUACGCUUUACACGUUUGAUCCAUCCAUGAGAAUUUGGGAACUGAUUCAGGUUGAUGCAUCCAGAGAGUUGCCAAUUUCGCGGGAUAUCUUUGCUACCUGGUCUUAUUUUGAAGAGAACAUCAUCUCAUUAGCCCGUAUGACUUCCUGCAACUAAAUAUUCCUGUAACUGGUAGUUCAUAUAUUUUGUUCUGUUCUCAUCAUUAUUGAUGGCAAUUCCUAAAAACUUUGAUCGUUCCCUCAAACCCACAUCUUCCAAACCGCCCCCCAACCCACCCAUCCUAUUUUUUUUUUUUUAAGAGUUAUUUUGUUGUGUUUU